CGAGCUUCAACAUCACAAAAUCAACCUGUUAGACAAUGAACCCUUUGCGACCGUGCUAAGAAUCUGAAGCACAAAUCACCUCGCAUUGACCGCCGAGGACUGUGGUUGGUUGGUUAUUUCAGUCAAAAAACGACAGGUUCAAUCGAUGAUGUCAUCAUUACAGACAGCCUCCCGAAGCAACAAAACAGCCCCUUGCCUAUUGGACAAUGGCAUCGAGAUUCGCAAACAUCAAUAGCUCCUGGCCUCAUUCAACCACCUGUGUCAAGCCGGAGCCUUUGUUCCUGGAGAGCUUUGGCUUGCCAAGCCUGUGCGCAAGCUUCCUCCUACCCUUCUCUAAUAUGAUGAUUCAUUGACUCGACUUCGUCAUGCGGGGAAGUGUCUGUUGUACAGGCAUCAUUGUCUUUGAUCGACAUGUGGGGUUUAUGGUCGUGAUGAAGAUGCCAAGAUGGUGGUGCCCGUGAUAUAAAGGGGUGAAGGGGCAUCUGGGUCGAGGACCGCUGCCUAUCCCAGCUCUCCUGUUACUUCAUCCCGAGAACCUCUACGGAUUGUUUCGAAUCUGAAGACCAUCACAGCCAAGAAUCGCCAUGUCGGGCCUCAACUCCAACCAGAUGGACCCGCGCCAGCACCCUCUCAAGGCGACUGCUGCUGGCAUUGCCGCCGAGUUGGUGGGUGAGCGCCGCAAUCCUCGCAUGACCCAUAUGCAGAGCGCCAACGAGGGCCCCGCCGACAUCAUCGCAAAGGUGUCCGGUGCCUCAGCUGGCGGAAAGAGAGAAGACGAUGCCCUUUACUUCACCAACAAUGAAGCCAUCCCAUUCCCGGACCCCGCCCACAGCAAGACCAUCGGUGGUAUUCCCGUAGCCAGCGAUGUGUUUCUCUUCCAGAAGCAGCAGCACUUUAACCGGUCCAAGCCCCUCGAGCGUAUGGUUCACCCAUGCGGCUCUGGUGCCUUUGGCUACUUUGAGUGUACCAAGGAUGUGACUGACCUCACCAAAGCCGACUUCCUCUCCAGCGUGGGUGAAAAGACCCCCGUCUUCACCCGUUUCUCGACCGUCACCUUUGGCCGUGAGUUUCCCGACGAAGGCCGCAACCCCCGUGGCUUUGCCAUCAAGUUCUACACCACCGAAGGCAACUACGACAUCGUGGGCCUCAAUUUCCCCGUUUUCUUCUGCCGCGAUCCCAUUCAAGGCCCCGAUGUCAUCCGCUCUCAGUCCCGCAACCCCCGCAACUUCCUCCUCGACUAUGAUGCUCUCUUUGAUCUGUUGGCCAACACACCCGAGGCCAAUCAUGCCGGCCUCAUGUUCUUCUCAGACCACGGCACUCCUGUUGGCUGGCGAUACAACCAUGGCUACGGCUGCCACACGUUCAAGUGGGUCAACAAGGAGGGUAAUUUUGUGUACAUCAAGUACACCUUCCUCGCCAAGCACGGCCAGAAGCAGUUUACCGAUUCCGAGGCUGUGGCUAUGUGCGGCCGUGAUCCAGAUUAUUCCAAGCGUGACCUCUGGGACACCAUUGAGGCCGGCGAGGAGAUUGAGUGGACUGCCUACGUCCAGGUGAUGCAGCCCGAGCAGGCCGACCCCGACCUUCUCGGCUUUGACCCCUUUGACGUGACCAAGGUCUGGCCCAGAGACCAGUUCCCGCUCAAGGAGUUUGGCCGCCUCGUCCUCAACAAGAAUCCCGAGAACUUCACCCGCGACGUCGAGCAGGCCGCCUUCUCCCCCGGCAGCAUGGUUCCCGGCAUUGAGGAUUCGCCCGACCCGCUUCUCCAGUUCCGCAUGUUCUUCUACAGAGACGCCCAAUAUCACCGCAUCGGUGUCAACCUCCACCAGAUCCCCGUCAAUUGCCCCUUCAUGGCCAAGAGCUACGCUUCGCUUAACUUUGACGGCCCCAUGAGGUCGGAUGCCAACCAUGCCGGUAACAAGCAGUAUGCGCCCAACAGCUUUGCUCACAAGUUCAGGCCCGACGCGGCCGAGGCGCCGUAUGCUGUCAGCGACAACAUCAUGAGCCGGAAGAGCCAUUACUGGCAUGAGGGAAAGAAGAAUGACUAUGCGCAGGCGACACAACUUUGGGCGAGGGUAAUGACGCCCCAGCAGCGGGAGAACACGAUUCAGAAUACGGCCAAGUACUUGGGCCUUGUCAAGUACCCAGAGAUUCAGAAAAAAUAUCUCGCCCAGCUGUACAACAUCUCGCCCGAUUAUUCGGAGGGUGUGUUCCAGCUCCUGCCGGCGCCGCAGUUUGACAUGAACGAGGUCAAGAGUCUGGCUGAGAAUGCGCACACGUGGUACAAGGAGAAGAAGUUCCAGCCUUUGAACGGGGAAAAGCUGACCGGUUUCGCUCCGCCGGGACCAGUGUACAACUACUAG